AUGUUUACUAAAAGAACUAUUGUUGCUUUGGCUACCGCUCCUAUUACCCAAAAUAUUGCCCUGAUUAGAGUUUCUGGUCCGCAAACUUAUUCAAUUAUCACUCGGAUUUUUGACCGCUCCCUGCCUGAAUACCCCCCAAAAAACUCGCAAUUAAUCUUUGGUAAAAUUAUUAACCCACAAAAAGAAAUUAUUGACGAAGUACUGCUUCUUUGUUUUUAUAAACCUCACUCUUUUACAGGAGAAGAUGUAGUGGAAAUUAGUUGUCAUGGUAACUUAUUUAUUGUUAACCAAAUAUUACAAUUAAUUCUAGAAAAUGGGGCAGAGUUGGCCCAAGCCGGUGAGUUCACUAAGCAAGCCUUUUUUAACGGCAAACUCAAUUUAGUUCAAGCUCAAGCCAUUAAUGAUUUGAUUCGGGCUCCCAGUUUGCCAGCCGCCAAAUUAGCCCUCCACAAUUUAAGUCCCGAAACCCAAAAAGAAUUAGAAAUUAUUGAAAAUGAGUUAUUAGAAAUUAUUGCUACUAUUAAAGUCAAUAUUGAUUACCCGGAAUAUGAUGGAGUAGAAUACCUAACUGGAAAAGCGGCACUUUCACGCUUAGAUAGACUGUUGUUGAAAUUAGAAGUUAUUAAAAAAAGCGGCCGAGAAUCCCGAGUCUACCAAGAAGGGUUAAAAAUUGCCAUUGUCGGGAAGCCGAAUGUUGGUAAGUCUACCCUUUUAAACGCUUUAUUGCAGGAAGAAAAAGCCAUUGUGUCGCCCAUUGCUGGAACUACUCGGGACAUAGUUGAAGCCCGUUAUAACCUCCAAGGGAUACCUUUAACUCUGUUAGAUACAGCCGGCAUUCAUGAAACUCAGGAUAUAAUAGAAAAAAUUGGAGUAGAACGAAGUUUACAAGCCUUAGACAAAGCCGAAAUCAUUUUUUUUUUAGUGGAUAAUUCCUGUCCGUGA